AUGGAUGCCAUCGGACUGCCAGAAGCUGACGACUUCAAUAACGGCGAACUCAAGGACUACCAGUACUGCACAUCAACUAUUCGCCCAAACGAUCAAUCUCGCAGUAGUUCCGAGUCGUCGUACCUGAAAUCAACCAAAGCCACCACCCUCAAGGACUUUGACCAAAAGCUAGCAAAGCGAAUCCUGUUCGAUGAGCAGAAGAACGCGAUAGGGGUCGAGAUAGCCAGCCAGCUAGGCAUCCUGUCCAAGAUCAUGGCAUCAAACGAAGUCAUCGUUUCCGCUGGAGCCUUUCAGUCUCCACAAUUGCUGAUGGUCUCUGGCAUAGGACCUGCAGACGAAUUAGAACGCCAUGGAAUUGAUAUCAACACCGUGGUUGCCAUAGACGAAGCUAUGCUUCAGAAGUUGGCUGUGUCACCCAGGCAGCGUCUGCCGAUUGUGCCUCCAUCCCGCAAUCUAUUCAUCGUAUUUACUUCGUGCAGUACGGGGGCACCAAAGGGCACUGUUAUUUCCCACUCGAACUUCAGCAGCGCGAUCAAGUACCAGCAGACGGCGCUUGGGUUUACGAAAGAUGCUCGAGUGUAUGACUUUGUGUCCUAUGCGUUCGACAUUGCACGGGCGAAUCUCCUGCACUCAGCAACAGCCGGUGCCCGCCUCUGCAUUCCAUCGGAGAUAGAGAGGAAGAAUGAGGUGGUCGGAUCUAUAAUCUUGCCUCGCCUGGCGAGACUGGAGGCCAGCGUGAAAUCGCCAAACCCGUACCGGAACGAGCUUCUCACAGUAAGUUCCUUCUCGCUCAUCACUACCAUAGGAAAGUCGACAAUCUUCUUUCCCAGCCCAACCUGGACAUACGAGCCCCCUCGUCUGGCCAGUGCAAUGCCAGUUUGUAUACACGAUACCACCCCGGUUGCUUCAACGACGACAUCGACUCCCUCAGGGAGGUCGUGUUGA